UUUUUAAAACCAAAAAUUGCGUCAACAGCCAAUUUGGUCUUGCAUCAACCAAAGAUGUAAAGACCCACCUCCAUUUCCAGCUAAUUACCUCUUUCAAGUUUUAAGCUUAAUUUCUUCAAGUCACUCUCUUUCUUUUAAUCUACUACUAUCUAUCUUCUUAUACUUGUAUUAUUAUGGUUCCUUUUGUAUUUUGACUCUUCAAAUAACAAAGCUUUAAUCUUGUAUUUCCCUCCUUCUUUCUUCUCUUUCUCUCUCUUCCCCAGGUCAGCCGCCUCUUUACAGUUUGAUUCCUGCGAGCCUGCGACAGACAACUCAGACUGUGGGUGAGAGCCAGCCAUCACCCUUCAAUCUUCAUCAAUUAUCUUCAGGGAUUGCUGUGUAUCAGUGCAACAACCUAUAGAUAUUGGCUCUUGAGAUUUUCACUGAAUAGAGGGGGCGAUUGUCCUCUAGCACGGGAACUAUUGUUCAAUAUCAGCACUAGCUGCCCUGCUAUACCUCCUUAGAUCCUGCCAGGAGUUGAUUCCAUGUUGAGGCGGUAGUUGUUUCUUUGAUUUUUCAAUGCAAGUGUACAGGAGGUUUUCAGGAAUAUCAUGGUUUGUAAAAUAACACUCUUGGUAACUUAGAAUGAGCAUAUGAACAAACGAAUAAUAAUUGGUUUCAUUCAGCAAGGAUGGGUAGCCUCUAUACAGCACUACAAAUUCUGAUAUGCAUCAUAAGCUUAUUGCUUUGUAUUCAAUGGCCCCAAGUCUUUGCCAUUGAUGUAUUUUCUGAAGGGGGGAGAAAACUUCUUCAGGGUGGAAUUAAACUAGAAGCCGAUGAAAAAACCACAUUCCCAACAAUUCAUGCAAACAAAGACCAACAUAAUCACCAAUUUUCGUUUUCUGCAAAGAUCGUGGCCAUGGCUGUACCUGGACUUCUCAUUCUGGGCUGUGUGUUACUUUGGCCCUGUUGCCAACCCAAGAAGAAGGAGUUUCACUCUGCUGAUUCCCAGAGGGAUUUAACUGCAAUGGAUCUGUCUUCCUCCUUCGAGGGAAGUUCAAAUCUGGAAAAGGUUGCGGCUAGUCCAUGGCGACAUGCAAUGCCGAGUGCGUCUCCAUCGCGUUUCCCACCAUCCAGUCCAAAUCCAUCGCGACACCCUCCACCAAGUCCUCGAUAUGCAAUGUCCCCAAGGCUCGAUAGGUUCGGAUCGGUUCAUCUUAACUUUAGUCAGAUUGCAAAGGCUACACAUAGUUUCUCAUCAUCCUUUAAGAUAGGUGAAGGUGGUUUUGGAACCGUGUACAAAGCCCAACUACCUAGUGGACAGUGGAUUGCUGUUAAGCGAGCCAAAAAGGAACACUUUGAUUCUACUGAAUUCAACAGUGAAGUCGAGAUCCUAUCAAAAAUUGAGCACCGCAACCUUGUGAGGCUGCUUGGAUUUGUUGACAAGGGAAAUGAACGGCUUAUAGUUACGGAAUAUGUUUCAAAUGGAACUCUUAGAGAACAUCUGGAUGGUCAGAGGGAUAAAAUUCUUGAUUUUAAGCAGCGGCUUGAGAUUGCAAUAGAUAUUGCACAUGGCUUAACAUAUCUUCAUCUUUAUUCUGAGAAACAAAUAAUUCAUCGAGAUGUGAAGUCAUCUAACAUUCUUUUGAGUGAGCAUUUGAAGGCCAAAGUUGCCGAUUUUGGAUUUGCAAGAGUUGGUCCAACUGAUGGCGAGCAAACUCAUAUAUCGACCAAGGUCAAAGGGACUGUUGGAUAUCUUGAUCCAGAGUACAUGAAGACCUAUCAACUCACCCCUAAAAGUGAUGUUUAUUCUUUUGGUAUUUUGCUUAUGGAAAUUUUGACUGGACGUCGUCCUGUUGAACCCAAAAGACCUAUUGAAGAGAGGGUAACCAUCAGAUGGGCUAUCUAUAGCUACAAUGAAGGUGAUGUGCUGAGGCUGGUUGAUCCGCUAAUGAACGAACCAGUAGAUGUAGAAAUUCUCAAGAAGAUCUUUUGUUUGGCAUUCCAAUGUGCCGCACCUGGAAGAGGUGAUCGACCAGACAUGAAAAUGGUUGCGGAACAGUUGUGGACGAUAAGGAUGGAAUAUCAAAGGGGAAGGCGGUAGUAGAUGAUGAGAAAUUUUAAUGCUUGCCUACUUUGAUUGGCGGUGGUGCAUUUCAUCUUCUCACACUGUUUGUUUCGUGGUGAAAAAUAGAGCUUAAUCUGUGUGCUUCCGACUUCUUAGCUCUUUCAGGAGAUGCUUGUGGUUCAUAAUGCCAUUUAAUUGGAUAGUGUAAAUUGAAAUUGGCUGCUUCAUUAGAGUAAUCUAGUAUAGUAGCUCAGAAAAUAUGUAAUUUUUGGAUUUCCAGGUGUGUAACUAAGCUACUCAUAUUUUUGUUUCUGUUGAUGAUCACAUAUAUGUAUCAAAAUGGGAGUAUUGGGAAUUUGAAGCCAUUUGUAACUCCAUGUGAAUAAGAAUUUUUGUGUUGUUUUAUGAAACGUGCAAGUAAACUGA